GGAAGAAGGGUCCGUCUGUGUGGAAGUAGUUCAUACAAAGUCCUCCGUUGUAGUAACGGCACAUAGUGACCAAGUUGUUGGUGAAGCUACGGUAAUUCACUUAAAGUAACACAGGUCAUUUCUUACAUGCACUCAAAAUGCCAUGCACUGUCUUUUUUUCAGGUUGCUCUACGGUUGUCUGAAAGUGUAAACUAUAUGGCUGUGCAAAUAUUCAACCAGAGUGACCAGCCGUGAUUAUGAGUGUUUGCUAACGUUUAUUAGCAUUUUCAAGCCUGCGGUUUGUUUCAUAAAUAGUGCGGGUACUUUAUUCAAGCCAUGCUGAAAACCUGCACAGCCAUGAGCCAAAAGACAAUAUCACCAGAGUCAGGCGAAAACUCGAAGCUGUCGGGACAGGAAAGUGAUACUUUGAACCUGUCCUCUCCCUCAGGAGAGGAGCUAAAAGUUGCCAUCCAGGACCCUGGGAGUGAGACGAACAACAUUAGAGUGCUUCUAAGCGAAUUCAAAACACUGUACGAACAUAGGUUGAGAUGUCUGGAGCUGGACACCACUACAACUCAUGAAGAAGUGCUGCAGAAGAAAGUGAAUUUCCUGUGGUCUUAUGUGAAUGACCUCGCAGACCAGAACCAGGUGCUGGUUCAGACCAUUGAGGAUCUGCAGAAGGAAGCCGACUACAAGGUUUCCAAUUGGGGAAUGAAGCUCUGCACCUCUGAUCGCAUUUUGGACGUGUCUGAGGUUGAUCUGAGGACUUUGUUGCUGGAUGAGCUUGUUGGACCUGCGGCUCAAGUCCCUCACAGUACUGGGUCCUUGGUCCAGAUCACAUCUGAGUUAGAAGACCUGCAAAUCCAGUUGCAAACCAAAGACAUGGUCAUCUCUAAUCUGGAGAGGGAGCUCGGAGAGAAUUUCCAGCAGAAGCAAAAGACUGCAACACAGGCGCUGGAAAGUAGCGAGAGGAUGGUGUACCUGCAGAGCGAGCUCUCAUGUCUGCAGCGGAUCCAGAAAGACAGCAUGAAGGAGAUUGCUGAGAAAGACAUCUGCAUCACCAAACUGCAAGUUAACAAUGAGCUGCUGCAACAAGAUGGGGCCGACGCACGUGCUCAGCUCUCCGAUCUGAAUAUGAGAGCGAGGGAGCAUCAGGAGGAGCUGAAGAGAAGAGAGGAGGAAUGGAGGCAAAGAGAAGACAAACAGAGACUGAAAUAUGAAAAGGAGCUUCAAAAAGCACAGGAGAGGAGAAGGCAGGAGCAACAAGAGAGAGAGGAAGAGUGGAAGAGGGGGAUUGAGGAGGAGAGAAAGGCCCAUGCUCAAGCUGUUAAAAAGUGGGCUGAGAAGGCAGCUGUUUUAAAUUAUGAGUUGGCGGUCAGCAGGAAGCAGGUAGAGCGACAGAACAGGGAGCUGUCAGAGUCUCACCAGAAGGAGGAGACCCUUCUCUCUGAGGCCAAGGCCAAAAUGGUGUCUUUAAGGGGCGAGCUAAGCACCUUAUUUGAGAGAAGGAUGGAGGAGAAAGAGGCAAAGAUUAACCAACUAACUGAAGAGCUGAAUGGAGUGAGACAAAAGAUGAAAGAGAGAGAGGAGCAUGUGAGGCACCUGGACCAGGAUGUGGUUGGUUUGCGAGCCACACAGGACUCUCUGAAGGGAACCUUGGCUAUGAAGGAGAAACAUACACAACAGCUGGUCCAAGACAUCGCACAACUCAAAGAAAGCCGGGCUUCACUGCAGAGCAAAUUACAAACCAGCGAGUGCAUGUUGAGUGACAUCAGUGAAACCCAGGAUCAGACCAAAACCAGCCUGGACACUGAAAGACAGCAGAGGCAGCAGAUCCAAGACCAGUUGGACCAUGCCAACAAAGAGAUGGACCAUCUGCAGCAGGAGAUAACACAUGUGCGUCACACCACUGCAAAGAAGAUUCAGAAGAGGGAAAAUAAGAUGGGCACGCUGGUGAAGGAGCUUACAGAGAGUAAGAAGCAGCACUCUGAAUGUCAGAAAGAGUUACUCCGAAGAGAGAAGGCUUUGGAGAAACUGAGCGAGGAGAGGGAUGAGCUGAGAGCCAAGAUGGAGGACCGGAGAAGAGAGUCUGUCCAGCUCAACCAGACCAAAGAGAGACUGGAGGCUGACUUGGCUCUGAGCCAUGAGAAACUCCACACCUCGCACCUGGAGGUUCGAAGCAGAGAUGAGUUAAUUCUGCAGUUAAGAGCUGAAAUGAAGGCCGCUGAACAAAAGCAUCAAAGGAAACAGGAACAGGUGGCAGCACUGGAGGGUGAGGUUAGACACUUGAAACACAAGGUCAGAAGACAACAGGAAGAGUCUUGUCAGUUAAGCGAAAAGGUCAGAGACAUCGAGGGCCUUAUAGACCAGAAGGAGAGAGAACAGCAGCAGCUACAUGAUCAGCUUCAUAUUGGUCAGCAACAGGUCAAGACAUUUGAAGGGAAGCUAAAGAGGCAGGAGGUUGAGAUGGAACUUCUUCAUCAGCAGCUGAAAGGAGCCACAGAGGAGCUGAACAAUGCCAGUUUACAAGCCCAGCAGCAGAAAGAAACAGUAGCCAUUUUUAGACAAAAGUACACAGCAGCAAUAGAGAAGGUGCAUAGGGUGCAGGGGCAGGUGGAGCUUUUGGAAGAGGAACUAAAUUAUUCACAGCAACAGCUAAGAGAGUCCCAAUUGGCAACUCAUUCAGUGAAGGAAGAGCUAGCUGAGAUGGAGCAGCGCUACAAGGAAAAGGUUGGCCAGUGGGAGAACUCACAGGAGGCUCUUGACCAGUUGACGGAUGAGCUCCAGGCCAAUCAGAAUCUACUGAGGGAGAGUCAACAAAAAGCGGACCAUCUUCAAGGCCUGCUAGGAUCCCUGCAGGAGCAGGCGGACACACUCAAACAGCAGAAACUGAUGUUGGAGUGUGACCUACGGCUGUUUCAACAGAGUCAUUCUCAUUCUGACGAGGAGUACAUCAGCCUGCUAAGACACCAACAGCAGCUACAGAAGCGCUGCACAGAGCAGGUUGAGCGCCUUGCGGAGUGUGAAAAGGCUAUUCUUCAGAUGAAGUCAGAGCUGGAGAGACAAGCCCAGGAAAAAAUUGGUCUGAAGCAAAGUCUUCUUGAGUCCCACCAUACACACAUGAGCAAUCGCGGCCAGCUGGAACAGGAAGUGAUACGUCUGAAAAAGGAAGUUACACGCUUAGAGCUUGAGCUGGCUGACACCCAAAAGGUACAUGUGGCACUUCUCAGACAGUCAGAGGAGGAGCUGAAGGAGGCCAGACGAGAGGCAGCGAGAAGGAGCAGCGAGGUGGAUGCGCAGAGAGGAGAGGUGCAGAGACUUCAGGAAGAGUUACUGAGGGAGGAGGAGAAGAUCAGGAGUGCCAUCGGAGAGAAACGGAGUCUGAGCACUCGCGUCAGGCAGUUGAGCCAAGAGCUGGAGGAGUUACGCUGCCAGCUGCAAGUCACAGUGGAGGAGUUGGCAGCCCGUGCAGGGGAGGCGAGGCGGAUGGAGGGGUGUCUGAAUGAGGGAAAGCUAGCAGAGGGGAAAAUAAGGUCAAUGGCUGUGAGGCUGGAGAGGGAGGUGGCAGACCUCAGGAGGAAUCUUCAGCAGGCUGUCGAUCACAAAGUCAAGGCCGAGCGAGAUGCGCAGGAUGCACAGGACCAGGUGGACACACUCCGGUCGGAGCUGGAGGGGACACGGUCUGACAAUGCAAACCUUCGCCAUGAAAGUCAGCUGGUCAUGACUAAUGUCAGCCAUUGGAUUACUGAACAAAAGGCUUCCAACGAGAGCCUCACUGCCCAGAUGAAGGCCCAAAACAAGGUGCUGCUCAUCGUCACUGAAGAGAAAGAGCAUCUUCAGGACGGUUAUGACACAUUGAAGGAAGAGGUAAAGAGACUAAAAGAAGUGGCGGCUGAGAAGGAGAGAGACAUGGAACACUUUAAGGCCCAGAUCCGAGACCAGGGCAUCCGGCAAGACGAGAAAGCCAUGGAAAAGCAGGGUUGUGUGGCUCUAAACCUCAGCAAAAUUGAGGACAUGCAGACCAGACUGCGAAGCAACCUGGAGGCCAUCGGAAUGCUAAAUCAACAAAGUCAACAAAUCACCAAAGGAGAGACAAAUCAAAAGUACUCCUCAGCCCCCUCAGUUCUCCAAAACUCGAGGGCCUGGGGAACGGCUCACCCGACUUUUGUUAGUCCAUGGAAUGGCCCGCUGAUUGACGGCAGACGACAAAAGCUGUUAAACUGGCUCAGCAGGGAGAAUAAGCGGUUGCGUAGGCAGCUGGAGGAGGAGCGCUCCAUGCGUAGACAAGUGGAGCGACUGCUCCCUCCUCCUCCUCCCACCUCCUCCAUCCACCUCUCUGUCAGAGCCCGCCCACCUCCUCUCUCCACCUCCCUACCCUCAUCCCUCCGCCUCCCUCAUCCCCUGAGCCUGGACACAGCGACAGGGGACACUGACGGGACUCUAACCCAAACCAAGCUGAGCUGUGCUGUAUUAGAGAGACCAGGUGAGUGCGAGGCUUUGGGCGAAGCGUACUGGAUUAGGCCCUCUGCCUCUUCGGGAGACGCCUGGUCUGGGUGGACAAGCAGGGAUCUGAACUAAUCUGAAGUAAAGCCCCCUGAAGACUUUGACCAGUCAUGACUUUUUGACCUGCAGCUCCUCACCGGGGAGUGUGCUCAGUAUGAGGUUAAUGCCCUGCAGGUCAAAGUCAAGUCCCAGGGUGCAUUUUGCCUGAGGGGGGCUCCAGAACCAGUGGAUGAUGGAAUUCUCUCAAAUCGUAAAAAAAAAAAAAAAAAAUCACCUAAAAAAUAUCUCUACAACUGUGCCAUUAAGAGAUUUAUUCCAAGAAUAUAUUCACAUUUUAGAAGAAAUGUAAUGCAUCCUCAAAAUGCUGCACUGCUCGGAGCAGUAGCAGUGUAUAACUUAGGCAAUUAAUUCAAAUAAAUGGUCUUAUUUUGCCACAAAACUGUAGCACUACGCACUAAAAUGUAUUAUUGUUGCGCUGAUUUGAAAAUCUCGACAGCUCUGAUGAACUAUAAUCAAUUUCAAUUCUACUUAAAUAGGCAAAUGGCCUUAACAGAACAAGUGGCUAACUGCAAAUUCUUAAGUGUUGAUGAAUGUGUCUUACACUGGAGAAGAGUGGUGCUUUGGUUUAAUGAGAGACGGCACAUCAUCAGUAUCCACAGACGUACCUCAGAUGUUGAUGGGGAUGGCUGUAACACAGUCUCUAAUUACGCUGCAGCUGUGCGCCAUGUGUCCUGCAUCUACUGCGGCGAAUGUGGCCGUGUGUCUUCAUGUGCAAGUACAUUAUGUGUCUGCGUGCUUCUGUCUCUCUGUAAGUGCCUGUGGGCGAGUGUGUGAUUGAGUGUAUUAGAUGUUUAUGAUGGUAGAUGUUUUGUAUUUUGUUUUAUACUUUCAAAAACUAUUUAUUGAUUUCUCUCUGUCGCUGCUUUUGA